AUGGCAGAGGCAGGAGACAAUGUAAAUCUGGAUCUGUUCAGCUGUUCGAUCUGUCUGGAUCCACUGAAGGAUCCAGUGACGAUUCCCUGUGGACACAGUUACUGCAUGCAGUGUAUCCAGGGCUACUGGGAUCAGGACGAUCAGAGAAGAGUCUACAGCUGUCCCCAGUGCAGAGAAACCUUCAGUCCAAAACCUCUUUUAAAGAAGAACACACUCAUGGCUGAGAUGAUGGAGAAACAGAAGAUGACUCGACCAAAAGCCUCGCCGCCCGUUCAAAGCCGUGAAUAUGUGGAGUGUGACAUUUGCACUGAUGAUAAAAACAAAGCUGUUCAGUCCUGUCUGCAGUGUCUGGCCUCUUUCUGCGAGUCUCACAUCCAGCCUCACUAUGAGUCUCCAGCUUUCAGGAGACACAAACUGGUCAGUGCCUCCACACACCUGCAGGAGAACAUCUGCCAACGCCACGGGAAACUUCUAGAAGUUUACUGUAAAGACGACCAAAAAUAUUUGUGUUAUGUGUGUUUAACUGAUGGACACAAAGGCCAUGACACAACCUCGGCUGCGUCUAAGUGGGCUGAGAAACAGGAGGAGCUAAAGGAGGUCCAAAGAAAAUGUCUCCAUAGAAUCCAGGAGAGAGAGAAGGAGAUAAAGAAUCUGAAAGAGGCUACGGAGACUCUUAAGAGCUCUGCCCAGGCAGCAGUGGAGGACAGUGAGAGGAUCUUUACUGAGAUGAUCCACUCCAUCGAGAGGAGGCGCUGUGAGCUGACAGAGAUGAUCAGAGCGCAGGAGAGAGCUGAACUGAGCGUGGUUGAGGAGCAGAUGGAGAAAGUGGAGGAGGAGAUUGCUGCAUUGAGGAGGAGUAAUGCUGAGCUGGAACAGCUUCUACACACUGAACACCCCAUCCUGUUUUUACAGAACUUCCAGCUUAUGAGCAAACUCCCUGUAGAUGGAGACGUGACCGGCAUCAAAACGGAAUCACGUGUCUCUUUUGAGAACGUGAAAAAAACUCUUUCCGAGAUGAAAACGCAAGUGGAAUUCCUCCUCCAGUGUGAUACGGUGAAAACAACCAGAGAAGUUGAAAAAGUUCAUACAGCUCCACACACUGAACCCACAACAAGAGAGGAGCUACUGUUGUAUUCAUGUGAACUCACCCUGGAUCCCAACACAGCACAUGAAAAACUCCUCCUGACUGAGAAGAACAGAAAGGUCACAGACACUGAGCAUGCCCAGCUGUACCCUGAUCAUCCUGACAGGUUUGGCAGAUAUUAUCACGUUUUGUGCACAGACGGUCUGUCUGGGCGAUGUUACUGGGAGGCUGAGUGCCGAGGUCAGGACUGGUCCGUAGCGGUCGCGUACAAGAGCAUGAAGAGAAAAGGCUCCGGUAAUGAAUGUAGGCUGGGGUACAACGACAAAUCCUGGAGAUUAUCCCGAUAUCUUUCCAGAUAUUAUUUCGCACACAGCGGCAUUGAGACUGAAAUCCCUGUGCCCAGCUCCUGUAGAAUAGGAGUGUAUCUGGAUCAUAGUGAAGGAAUUCUGGCCUUCUACAGCGUCUCUGACACAAUGACCCGCCUCCGCAGAGUCCAGACCACGUUCACUGAACCCCUUUAUCCUGCGUUUGGGCUUUCUGGGAAGUCAACCAUCACGAUUUGUGAGCUGAAGUGA